UUGAAUACACACCACGUGGUGACAGUUAAGCCUCGACAGCAACAGCUGAGGAUUUGUUUUAAAUACUGUGCAGCUGUAAUCCAACCCUUACAGCAGACCAGACGAAUCGCUGGAUUGUACGAGUAAUGCGUCUGAAGCGUGAUGUUUAUAGCGACUUCUGUCUGUUGCUCAUUUAAGAAUGGGGCAGAAGACAAAGCAGGGACGUGAUAAUACAUACAAUCAAUAUAAUAAAUAAAUAGAAAACUCUAGAUAUUAAUAUAUAAAUAUCAAUGUGUUGAUAAACAGGUAGAGAGACAGAAAAAGAGUUCCCCAUUGUUUUACAAAGAACCCUUAUUUAAGCCUUAUUGCUAUCCUUCUGGGAUAUCUUCCAAAACAUAUUACUGCAGUCAGUGAUGAUGAUAGUACAGAAUCUCGUAGUGGUGUUUAAUUGGGUUGUGACUGAGCAAAACGAGGGCCUUUCCGCAGGCACGUGGUAGCGAUGCUGCGGGCCGAAGGUGAGAACAGGGCCGCGUUUCUGCCGCGUGUGUGACGUCAUCGCCGGGCGCGUCUCAGUAGGAGGUUCUACAGCUCACUUUUUACUGAACGGAUCAGCUCUUGGCCGAGUACACUAAUCACUGAGCACCUGUUGGAGAGCAACUCGACAUAAAAGUGCCGGUUUGCCUGUUGGUUAUGUGCUUUAAAACCUGCUUUAUUUCUGGGAAUGAUGACUAAAUGGAUCUGGGAAAGGUAACUGAGAUUUUCACAGGACACUAACUCGAUAGCCUACACUACAAAAAAAGGUGUUUAUCUGCUCUGACGCGUAUUUAUCACUUAUACACUGGGAAUACAAAGUUUUGUAGGUGCUGUUUGGAACUUAAAGAAGUAGCCUACCUGCCUAAAAACAGCUGGAAAAAUGUCGAAACAAAGUGACCAUGUAAAGCGUCCAAUGAAUGCGUUUAUGGUUUGGUCGAGAGCCCAGAGGCGGAAGAUGGCACUUGACAACCCCAAGAUGCACAAUUCUGAGAUCAGCAAGCGGCUCGGAGGAGAGUGGAAACUUCUGUCAGACUCGGAGAAGAGACCAUUCAUCGACGAGGCCAAGCGUCUCCGCGCGGUUCACAUGAAGGAACACCCGGACUACAAAUACAGACCGCGGCGCAAGCCUAAGAACUCCGUGAAGAAGGACAGGUAUCAGUGUAAUGUGGCUUAUAACUUUGGGGAGCAGGACGCACUCAAAGGGGUACUAACGAAUCCUGAAAAGACUGCUGCCGCUGUAGCCGCCGCCAGAGCGCUCCUCAGUCACUCUGUACCAGCGACCCCGUACCCUUACCUGGACAUAAACUCCAAAAUGUCAGAACUGUCGGCGACCACAUUUCCACACGCCUCACUUGACUAUUCCGGACGUGUUGUUGCAUUUCCCAGAAUGGGAAUCCUUGGUGCCACACACACGCACCCCUCUCCGGGCAAUCCUGCUUACAUGAUGCCCUGUAACUGCCCCGCGUGGACGGCCUCUGCUCCUCCUCCUCCUCCUUUAGCUUAUGUGGUUUUGCCGGGAAUGCGCAAGACUCUGCACGAGCCUUACUCUGCAUAUGCAGCGGCCUUAUGAGGGCCACGCGCAGUGUAGAUACUUUAACACUUUAUUACAGUGUGCUCUAAGGACGCUUUUACUGGUUAACGCUUUUGUGCAUCUCCCGUUAAGUGUAGGGUGCACUUAUAUUUGGACACCAGCAACAACAACAACAAUAAUAAUAGUAAUAAUAAUAAUAAUAAUAAUAAUAAUAAUAAUAAUCUUGGCUUUAAGACAUACAGUAAAAACUAGACAGCAAUUUAGAUAAAACAGUUAACCUUCCUGUGUCUUGUGUGUGCUGAGGAAUCUUUAACAAGACACGCAAAACUACUCAUCAAUAUUUAGUUAAAGGUAGAGCCCUUUUAGGAAACUAAGAACCUGUAAUUAUCUAGUGAAUCCUUAAAGAACCCCUUUUCUAAGUUUGACUUAAUAUGUAUGAAAUCGAAAACAAUCCAACCUCAUUGCUCUCGUUCAUUUUUUAGUUUCCAAGAGAAUAGGCGAAUAUACAGUAUCAAUCAAUCAGUCUUGCUUACUUCAGUGCAUCCUCACGGACAUAAAGCAAGUAAAGGAAACAAGGAAAAACGAGAAAAUUUAAAAAGCACUUGGCAUGUCAGCUGAUUUCAUUGCUUACAUUUUAAAUGGACAGAGGCAAAGAGGCCUCAGUGAGGAUAUACGAGUGUGAUGGGCUCAUGCAAAUUUCAGAAAAAGCAGCCGCAUAAGAAAUAAAUUAUAUAUAUAUAUAUAUAUAUAUAUAUAUAUAUAUAUAUAUAUAUAUAUAUAUAUAUUAGUCUACAGGACUCUUGCCAGGCAGGACUCAAGCCAAUUAAAUGAAACCAGUAUGAUAUAUGAAUUUGGGCAGAUGUAUAAUAAUUAAAACUGCAACCAAAUGUUCUAAUAUUAUUAGGGCCUUUGCCUGUCAGGUCUGUCUCUUAAGAUACUUAAAUGCUUAUACUUUCUUCAUUUAUUAUUAUUAUUAUUAUUAUUAUUAUUAUUAUUAUUAUUAUUGUUAUUAAGAACAUCUGUUUACCUCCUUUGAACUAAACUAGAUAGGGGCCUGCAUCUGCAACCUUAUUUCAUCACUGUGAUGUACAUAAAGGAUGUAAUAAAUACAAAGACUUAUUAUGCAUCAGUUCUUUUAACAGUGCUGGGGAGGCUAUGCCCAUUAAGGUCUAGCACCCAAUGUUAUUUGGAAAUGUAACAGAGGGAUCUGUUUCAGCUUUUGGCAUUAAAGCUAGAAUAUGACAUGGCUGAGUUUCUAUAAUAAACAAUACAAUACAAUACAAUGUAAUUUCAUUCUUAACCCUGUUGGGGAAAAAACAAUCCAACAGAACACAGGUUGCCAAGCCCCUCAUUCAACUUAUCAGCUAAUUAACAGCGGUGAAGUGGAUUUGUUAGAACAGGAAAAACAAUAAAAUGUACAGGACAUGGGGUACUGUAGAACCAGGGUUGAGAACCUGUGCAUUAGGAAAAAUCUCUAAUGGUUUCCAUCACAUAAUGGAAAUUGGUUUACUGGUUUCCAUUAUAAUCAGAUUCCAUUAGAAUUUUCUCAGUUACUAUUAAAUACCACAAGAAAUCGACAGUGCUUGCUUGGAUGAUUACCAUCAGAAUAAAAUUAAGUAAACAAUUAGGAACAACACAUUCUAUUAAACUACUGUUACAGAAAAUCAGAAACACAAAAUAAGCUAAAUGUAGAAGGAAUCCCCCACCCUCCUUCCACAUUAAUUAUGUUCUCACUACAAAUGCUGUAGACGUCCUAG